CCGGGAUCCCGGGUCUGCCUCGGACAGGUGAACAUGAGGAUUGACGGUGGGACCGGGUGUCCAGGCCUGGGGUUGGGGGUGAUAGGAUGUUGGUCACAGGAGGAAAGGGCCAAAAGGAGAGCAAUUUUACAGGAAGAGGAAAUCCCAUCUUUCUGGUGCAACCAUGAGAGUAAAUCAGAAUACUAUGCUGUUGGGACAGAAGGUGAUCCUGGUACCCUACACCACAGAGCAUGUACCCAGAUACCAUGAAUGGAUGAAGUCAGAGGAGCUGCAGCGGCUGACAGCUUCAGAGCCUCUGACUCUGGAGCAGGAGUAUGUGAUGCAGCACAGCUGGCGAGAAGAUACUGACAAAUGUACUUUCAUUGUGCUGGAUGCAGAAAAAUGGCAGGCACAGCCAGACUCGGCCGAAGAGAACUGCAUGGUGGGAGACGUGAACUUGUUCCUUACUGACUUGCAGGACCCAACUUUGGGGGAGAUUGAGGUCAUGAUUGCUGAGCCCAGCAAUCGACGAAGGGGGUUUGGCACAGAGGCAGUUCUGAUGAUGAUGGCUUAUGGAAUGACCACACUAGGUCUCAACAAGUUUGAAGCCAAAAUUGGACAAGGAAAUGAGCCUAGCAUAUGCAUGUUUAAAAAGCUUCACUUUGAGCAGGUGACUAUGAGCAACAUCUUUCAAGAGGUGACCCUGAGGCUGCUGGUGAGUGAACCAGAGAGACAGUGGCUUCUGGAGCAGACCAGCCAUAUGGAAGAGAAGCAGUACAGAGGCAGGAGCUGGUGGAGCCAUGAAGCUAACAGUUGCUGAUCAUCCUGGGAGCCCUACUAGCUGGCCUGGUCUUGUAGGGAAGACUCUCGGAUGGAUGGGUGGAGGAAUCUAGUCUACACCCCCGUAAUAGCUUGUGCUAUCAGGACAGAGCCCUUACAAUCCUAGCGUUUCCUGGGCAAGCCACUCCUCAAAGGCUGAUCAAGGAAAAGUCUCCUCUCCCUGAACAAGGGAGUUAAAAUACCUACCGAUCAUUGACUAGCUUGCACUUGACAUUUGAUGGGAGUGGCUUUGCUGAAGUAAUUCAUUUGGAAUCAGGAAUAGAUAGGAGUGAUCCAGGAAGGAUGUAACUGUGAAGACCUACAGCCAGCAUGACUGUACUGUGCCUCCCUCCUUCUUUUGAGGCCUGGUACUGCUGGGCAUGGCUACUGUGUAUGGAGGAUGCCAGGGUUUCAUUGCCACUGGCAUGUGAAAUCUAGACCCAGUUCAGAAGUGGAAAAUAGCAGGAGAGAGAGGGAAGAACCCAGAGGAAUCCUCGAAAUUGGCCACAUGCCCUGCACUGAAUGAGAGCUCUGGAUUGAUCUCCAACUUCUCUGUACGCUCAGCCUCACAGCACACUCUUCCUGACGAGUGGGCCGUGAUGUCAGGUUCUAAUUAGUAGUACUGAUUGGGGGGGGGGGGAGUCGGAGUCCAGAAUUUGUUGUAAUAGAGCAAUGCUUUCCUGCAUGAGUGUGCUCAACCCCAACCCUGGCAUUACCUUGCUGCUCUCCACAUGGCCACCAGAUGGCAGUAGAGGAGCAAUCUGAGAUAGCUUGAGCUGAGCAAGGGAGUCGCAGGGUGCUAGAGACAGAAAGGCUCAGAGGUUGAGGACAACCCCCAGAAUGACUAUCACCUCUAUGCUGGCCAUCAUGAAAAUACAGGGCUGUUUCCAAAGUAUUACCCCGAUACAAUAUUCUCCCGAGUUUGUUUACUCAUCUGUAAAAUAAGGGGAAUUCAAACCAUGAUCUCUAACAUUAAGAAAUUACCUUGACAGGUAAGGAAAGAACCAAAAUCUACACCCUCUAUUUCUGGCCAUCUUUGAAAUUGCUAAUACACUCCCCACCCUAUCAGCCGCUCCACCCUGUUCUUGACCUAGCCAGAGAGCCCCAAGGGCACAGAUUUCUUCAUCUUGGCAAGUGAAGCUGGGAGGAGGGCCGGCCCCAAUGCAAUCUUAACAGUAAGAGGUUUUCAAAUUGUAGGGAUGGGGGUUUGGGACCAGAAGGUUGAAGAAACUGGGUUUGGCUUGAGUGCUCAACUCCCAGUUCCUAACCUGUUUAUGGUAUCAUAUUUUUUUAAAGAUACCAGUCCACAGCCCCCCCUUUGAGGCCCUUGGGAGAAUUAUAAUCCUCUUUAACCAAAGUGUUUCUUUUACCUGUCUUUGCUUCAUAGGAUUUACAGCUGGAAAUGGCCUAAUUAACCCCCAUCAUUUUAAGAUGGGACAAUUGAGACUCAGAAAGGUUAAUUUACUUCUUCAGAGUUGAAUACAGCAGAAAACCAGCGUUUGAGUCCAACUUCUCUGACCCAAAAUUCAGUGCUCUUUCUCCUUGAGCACUGCCCUUUCAGUGCACAGUUAAGGAAGGGGCUGGGCCUAAGUCAGAGGAACAUCAGCUCCUCUGCUCCUUUUCACAUGGAAUGGACACCAAUACCAAUUAAUCCUGGUAGAUACUACAGGUCCUGUCUGUGUUCCCAGACUCUAGUAAUGUCUCAUCCCUGAUAAACGGAGCUGGGGAUCAAUCUCUACGAUUCAGGCGACUUUUCGCCCCUGCCUCUUUCAAAGAUAGAGCAUGGUGCCCUCAUCCUUCUAACUCUUCAACUUCUAUUGCCCCCAAGCUGCUGCUUUGUGUACAGUACAUGCUGGGAUUAGAGGAACAAACCUCAUGAGUAGGGCUCCCUGCUUCAGGCAGAUAAGAUAAUAUCAUCGGAGCCGGCUCAGGGUCUCACCAGUCCCAGCAAUCUACGAACCACCAACAGGCCAGGCAGAGAUUAAAGCCAAGUCCUUGCAUUCCCCGCUACCUCCCCCAGCCCAGGGCUUAGUGCCUCCCAAUAACCCAGGCAUCAUUCAGCAGAAGUCCUCCCCUCCUUUUUCUCUGCCUCAUUCCAGACUUCUAAUCACCUAGGACUCAGCCCCCAUUCCUCAUUGUGCCAGACUAAAGUUUCAGUCAUGGGGGCCCCAAAGGUAAAUCUGAACCGUGUGACUGGUGGUGAUGGGUGUGUGUGUGAUUUUUGUACCUGGUUUGAGAGAGGCUAGGAAAGGGGUGGGGGGGUGGGGUGAUGGGCUCCAGGGAAGAGAAACUCCCUAUAUUUAGUAAUGAGGCGCUAAACUUUUUUCUACCUACUGAAGGAUUGUAAGUUCUAUCAGUGACUUUUGUACCUAGAGGAUAAAGCACUUGUUUCUCCACCUUACUUACUACUGAGGUAUAUACCUGUAUAUAUUUAGACUCUGAUUUAGCUUGGCACUUGUAUAGUAGAGAGUUCUGUGAAUAAGGGAAGGUAUUUCAAGAACUAGGUCUGCUAUUCCUCCCCCCCCCCCCCAUCUUAGGUUGACAAGGCAGGGAAGACUGGAGCUGCAAACAGCUCCUCUGACGUGAGCUGUAGCCACCUUUUUCUUUUCCAAAGAUCACCUGGAAGGGAGAGGUUGGCUAUAGGACAUGGAAUAAGCAUACAGGGAAGGGUUAGAGGAACCAAUGGAAUUUGUGCUAGAGUUUUAUUACUGAUUAGAUUGUGAGCUCCUUGUGAGAGCCAGGGACUUUUCUUUGCCUUUCUUUGUAUCUCAGGUCUUAGCAGUGUCUGGCAUGAAGUAGGCACUUAAUAAAUGCUUGUUGACUAAUAGACGAAUCUCAGCUGGGAACGCCCUAGGUAGUAUUGGGUUCAAAGCCUUCUUACAUGUCUUGCCUGAAAGCCUAGGGCAGUGCUAUAAGUAGUCUUAGAGUAGGGGAAAAACAAGCUCAAGACAAAACAAGCAACGUCUUCCAACACGGGAACUGGGAGAAAUCAUGUUAAUCAUAGCACAAAAAAAAAUCCUUCUAAACUUAUGACACUAAAACAAACAUUCCCCACCCCACCCCCCAAAACCCAAAUACCCUGAUUUGUAGCUUUUAGGGAGAAGACCCUGUCCAUCCCUGAGCUGUGGUUUCUGCCCUUAGGGCUUCUCAUUCAGCCAUUCCCUGACUCUGGACGGU